AUGAUUGUAGAAAACAAAAUGGAACCAAAAGAAGUAUUAAAAAAGUGGAUCGAUGCAUUUAACAAUGCAGAUAUAGAUGCUCUGGCCAAUUUUUAUUCGGAUAAUGCUGUUAAUCAUCAGGUAGCUAAUGAAAAGCCAGUUAUUGGUAAACAAGCAAUAAAACAAAUGUUCGAAAACGAAUUUCGCCAAGCAAAAAUGAUUUGUAUACCAGAAAAUAUUUUUCAAGAUGAUGAAUGGGCAAUAUUGGAAUGGAAAGAUCCUCUUGGUUUUAGAGGUUGUGGAUUCUUUCAUAUUGUUGAUGAGAAAAUCAUAUUUCAACGAGGAUAUUGGGAUAAAUUGACAUUUCAAAAAUUGUACAACAAUGAUGAAAAGUAA